CGCUGAGCACGGUGACGUUAUUGCGCCCUCUACUGCGCAUGCGGGACACUUUCAGGCCUAACUGCAGCACCAUGCAGCCCCGCCCUGGGUAAUGUCGCCUAAAUCAAAAACUGACAAAACUACUCGUAUAUUACAAAAGUUUAGACGAUAAUUACUUCUUCCAAAGGUGAUACUACCAUUUUUAAAGUUUUGGUAGCAAAUGUACUUUUUCGCGUAUGUAUAAGUUACCAAUUUCCAGUCACCAUUUAUAAGUUGCCCUUUGUAUCCACUAAAGUUAUGCAACAUUUUUCAAGAGGUCAUGCUUCAGAUCAUUAUCACUCCAUUUGUUCCAUUAAAAUACUAAAAUGAAAUUUAAUAUUUUUAUUCCAGAAAGGUCUUGAGGUCACCAAAAGAGACCUCAGAUGGUCUCUGCAGACUAGAGACCCUCUCUAGUUUGCAGGUGUAGGCAACAGGUGCGCUAAACUCCGAGCCACGUCUCAGCCAAUCACAAUCCAGAGUCCAGAUCCGGUGAGAGCAUGGCCGCUUUUCAGGAGUAUAUCUGCGAGCAGAGGCUCCGCACGGCUCAAUGUGCCACCACUGCAGCAGCUUUGAACUUAUAUUCCAGGCUGAAGUAAGUUUUAAGAUGAAGUCCUUCGUCCUGCUGCUUCUGUCCCUCUCCUGCUGUCCGGGUUCGGUUGGUUCCUCUUCCGCUGUGGAGGACGCGUACAGCGCCGUCGUCAGCGUCGUGUCUCCGGGCCAGAGCUUUCUGACCGGGGAGUCCCUUCGCUCCCUCUUUAAUACCCUGCAGAAUCGUGUGCAGUGCGGUGAGGUGCCGUGUGGAAAGUGUGACCUGGCCGGGUCAGUUCAUCAACUCAUCGGGAAUCACUCUGUCCACGGGAGGGAAGAAGACGGAAAAGUUGAGGACAACGUAACCGUCAGCGUGUCUCAGUUCCCAGUUCUCGCUGCCGGCAGCGUCCUGUACCUCUCCUCGCCGGACUCGGUCUGUACGGCCGUGGGUCAGGGGAAGUGGGCAGAGGAGACGGACCGCUUCCUGCACAAACACACACACUCUGACCACCGCUCACACCCUCACAUUGGCAUUGUUGGACUUGGGGGCGUGAUUCAGGACCUGCAAAACCACUAUGAGCCGUCAAAUAAGAGCUGUGUAGCGGCCAGCAGCAUCAUGGUGGAGGUGGACCCGUUGUUUCCAGACCAGAAACAGGAAGUGGGCGCAGUGCUGGGGCGUGUCCUCUACUAUGCCCUGCUUGGUUACUGCUUCAGUGAUGAGUCCCUGCCGGAAGAGAGCUUUUUCCUGGAUUACAUCAUGACUCAACUUGGUUCAGAAAAUUUCACUGUUCAUGAUUUGGAGGUUCUCAUGACGAACCUGAAUAUUGGUUCAGAGGGCGACCAUGAUCACGAUCAUAACGAAGACACCGAUAAUCAUCGAAGGAAGCAGAGUGGGCCUAAAAGUAACAGCUGGCAGCAUCACUGUUUUACAGCUGACGAACUGAUCAAGAUCUAUAAACUUACUGGGGAAAGUUCUGGCAUGGGUCAAUCUGGCAUUGCAAAGCUCAGUCCUGCUCUGGUCCAGCAGAUCCUGAGUGGAACGUGCACCACCGUGCCAGAACCAGUGACCCCCGAGGGCCUCUCCACCACUGACAAAUACCUUUAUGCAACCAUUGCCAAUCUACUCAUAACCCUCACUGCCAUGCUUGGCAUCGUGGUGCUGCUGUGUACGUCAUGCACCAACGUUUUCCAGAUGAGCGUCCAGUUCUGCAUCAGCAUGGCUGUCGGUUCUCUGACUGGAGACGCCCUGCUGCACCUCAUACCAAUGAUUCUUGGUAUACACGUUCACACAGAGGACGGCAGUGACGCUCAUCAGCAUUCAAGCGACGAACACGUAGAAACGCCAGACUACAUUUUCAAAAUGCUGGUGGUGAUUGGAGGGGUCUACGUAUUUUACCUGAUGGAAACCAUCUUCUCAAUGGUCACCAAUAAAAAUGAACACCAUCAUGAGGGGGACGAAUCAAACCCUCACCACUGCGAUCAUAUUGGGGUUUUAGAGAUGUACCAACAGGAAAAGAAACAAAAAGAUAAGUCUCAGUCUGCAUCCAAGGCAGAUCUGGUUGAUGAUGAAGAAAAGUAUGAUUCAGAGCAGAAAAAGCAGAGAAAAGAAAAGCACCUGCUGCCUUACAUGAUAACCAUCGGUGACGGGAUACACAACUUCGCAGACGGAUUGGCAAUAGGCGCGGCUUUCUCCAUGUCAUGGAGGUCCGGUCUGGCCACAUCAGUGGCGGUGCUCUGCCACGAACUCCCUCAUGAACUCGGGGAUUUUGCCAUCCUGCUCCACAGCGGCUUGUCUGUCCAAAAGGCGCUGCUUUUAAACAUGGGCAGCGCCGUGACCUCUUUUAUAGGCCUGUAUAUCUCUCUGUCUGUAGCCACUGACCUUGCAACCCAGCAGUGGAUAGGUGCAGUAGCUGCAGGGCUCUUUCUCUAUGUUGGCCUGGCUGACAUGCUCCCUACGCUGGUCCAUGUCGGCAGCAAGAGGCCGUGGCAGAAGUUUCUGCUGCAGAACGCCGGUAUUCUAAUCGGCUGGAUUAUCCUGCUGCUGCUGUCACUUUACGAGGACGAGAUUAGCUUUUAAUAGUUUUAAUUUUAUUAAACCAGCCUUUCCUAAUGGCUCAUCGUUUCCCUGGAAACAUCGUAAAGCCUUUAGAUAAAAAAAAAUAAAAAAUCCAAAUUAAUGUUUGAAUAUUUCCUCAAAGUUGUCUAAAUGUCAACUUAAAGCAUCCCCAGAAAGUUUUGUCCCUGAGUUAGUUUAGCUCUUUACAUCCUUUACUGCAGUCCUUUGGGCACUCUGGAUCCUCUGCAUAUCUUGUCCUAUGACUGAAACGGUAUUUUGGAUCUUGAGUGCAUCAGAACCUCUGAUUGCACAUGCAGAGACAUGCACACAGAACACUGUAAAGUAAUGUCACUGUGCAAACUGAGCUGCUCGCUCUAUUGAAACCUCCCUCACAUGCAACAUUAUGCAAUCUGAUAAAAAUACAGAUAAGUUUUUUAUCCAGUACAACACUGAAACUGAUGAUGGAGGUACAGAAACCUCCCUUAUUUAUAGGAGGAUUCUACAGAUUGCAGGGAAAAAAAUAA